CACAAUUUUAAGAGAAUCAUUUAAUUCUGCAAAUUUGGGCUAAUGGCUUUGCUUAGCCUUCUUUUCUUCAUAAUUUCAUGCACCUUUUUAAGGCCUCUAUGUCUUUCUCAUGCAGAAACAGAUACAUUGAAACAAGGCCAAAGGCUUCAUGACUGGGAGCUUCUGAACUCAACAGGUGGGGUGUUCAGGUUAGGAUUUUUAAGCCUCGGGUCGGAUUCUGCCCUCUUGGGCACCUUUGCUCCUCGAUAUAUAGGAAUAUGGUUCAACAGCAUACCUGUUUAUCCUGUUUGGGUCGCCAAUCCGAACGAUCCAAUUCCUGAUUCCUCUGGUGUUUUAACAAUGGAUAGUGAUGGCAUUUUGAAGAUUGCAUACAAAGGAGCCCCUCCUAUUGCUAUAAGUUCCAAUAAAGCAAAGAGAACUUCAGAGAAAAAUAUCACAGCCACGCUACUAGAUUCUGGAAACUUUGUCAUCAGAGAGGUUAAUUCUGAUGGAAUGGCUGGAGCAAUAUUAUGGCAGAGUUUUGAUUAUCCGUCAAACAUGCUACUGCCUGAAAUGAAACUAGGCAUCAAUUUCAAGACUGGCCAUGAAUGGUAUCUUUCUUCAUGGCUAAGUGAUGAAUUGCCAUCUCCAGGGGCAUUCAAACUCGGCCUGGAUCCUAAUGGUUCCAGCCAAUUGAUGGUUUGGCGGCGAGAAGAAGUAUAUUGGAGAAGUGGGGCAUGGAAAAAUGGAAGUUUUGAGUUGGCACCUCAGAUAACAAAGAGAAUUAGUGAAUAUGAGUUCAAGUUUGUAACAAAUGAGAAUGAAAGUUAUUUCUCUUAUUCUGUUAAAAAUCAAUCAGCUGUUUUAUCAAGGUGGCAGUUGGAGUCUUUGGGCGAAAUUACACAGUUCACUUUGUAUAAGCAUUCUGGUCUUGUUGAUUGGAUAUUUGAAACUACUAGUCCAUGCAACACUGUUGCCAGGAAUUCUACUGCUGUUUGCUUAAACGAAAAGCCCUUGAAGUGCAGGAAAAAUUCAGACUAUUUUGAGCCAAGAAAAGGGGGUAUGGAUGUAGAAGGCUAUCAGGACUAUAAUGCAAGCUUGGCUCUGAGUGAUUGUCAUGCCGCGUGCUGGAAAAAUUGCUCUUGUAUUGCGUACCGUUCUGCAUCUCAGAAUGGAACUGGAUGCCAGUUUUGGACAAAGGAAUCAAAAUUCAUUCCAUAUGAAUAUAUUGGCAAUAUUUACGUGCUCACUAGUGCUGAAAAACACUGAAGGAAAGAAGAAAAACAAACCAAAACGAAUUAUUGCUGCAUAAAGUUGGAAAAUAGUAUUCUGCAAAUAUGAGCUUAUGUAUUGUUAAGCAUAAUAAAUUCUACAGCUAUCUGUAUGAUGGAAGCCGAAGCCGGCAAGUUAAGGACAUGAGAUAUUGUCAGUUAAAUAUAUAUGUAUGGUAGUUAUCUUCUAUGCAAUUGUAUGUUACUGUGGUUAUGAAGAAUAUAUGAAGGAAAAAGAAAUCAAU